AUUCAUGCUGUCAGAAAUCAAUGUUGGAGAAAACCACGACGCGCAUAUCAUUUUAAAACUUUCAGCUACAUUCAUUUGUUGAUAACGUCUAUCUGUGGUUCGGAAGUUCUUCUGUGUGUUACGAGUGUCACGUCUAUCAUUUAAACAAAAACAGCUGAAGGUUGCUGUUAUUUGGCUAGCUAGGCUAAGGCUAGGGCAGUACGUCAGUCAAAUCGGUCCUUCCGCCGCCUUUUGACCGCUGGACGGACUGAAACAUGACGAGUUUUGCCACUGAAAUGUUUUGUAGGGUGGACAGGGUGUGCAGACAUCUCCCCGUGGUCCUGAACGCCGUCCUGGUCUUCUCCAUCACGGGGGAGGUGAGCUACCUGGUCGUGGUCGAGGCUUCGCUGGAGGCGCACCAGAAGCAGACCGACUGGUUCAGCUGGUGGAAACUGGUCCACCUGCUGGUCCAGUACUUCCUGCUGGUCAACAUCUGCUGGAACGCCGUCCUCUUCCUCAGAACCAACUCCAGCAUCAAGGGGGUUUUCCUGGGAGGAGAAGGCGUGGGCCAAGGCUGGAGAUACUGUUAUACGUGUGAGACACACACUCCGCCACGCUGCUCCCACUGCUAUGACUGCAAGGUGUGUGUGCUGCGCCGGGACCACCACUGCGUCUUUUUUGGCCAGUGCGUGGGCUUCCGUAACUACCGCUACUUCCUGAGCUGCCUGCUGUUCAUGUGGGCGGGGCUCCUGUACGCCGUGUUGAUGAAUGUCGAAGUCUUCAUGGUCAUAUUGAAAGAAGGCGUCACUAUGCACAGCCUGCUGCUGCUGCUCAUUCCCUGGAUCAUGCUCGUUUCAGGCCAGGUGUCAGCACGCGCCUUCGCCUUUGCUUUCAUCGCUGACGCUUGCGUGCUGGGCUUCCUGCUGGUGUCUGCAUUCUUUUUCUUCCAUAUAUUCCUGCUCCUGAGGGGACAGUCAACUAGGGAGUGGUACUCAUCGCGCCAACCCUACAACCUAGGAGUCAUGGCGAACCUGCAUCACACUCUUGGCCGUCACUGGUACCUUUGCUGGCUCUGCCCACUCAUUCCAUCACCUCUACCUGGAGAUGGUAUCCACUUCCAGGUCACAGGAUCACUGGAACCCACCCGGUAACAAUAGAGUGCCUGAACGUGAACAGGCCAGUCAGCUCUGAUUCAGUGGUGGAGGGUUAAAGGUGGAGUUAAUGACAACAAGGACGAUCACCUCUGUUCAGAAGGCUUAGGAAGUGAGACUAAUGUGUUUGUAUUUGAUCUGCUAUCAGGUUUAAAUAUUUUCUGAUGUCUUUAUAGUGUGACAUCCUGCACUGAAAGAAAAAAUUUGAAUGUUCCUAUGAAAACGCAUCCACUUUAUCCUGAAAGUUUCUAUACUUAGUGAGGGUGGUUUUUUUAAUUAUUAUUUUUAUUUUAGAAUAUUACGCAAAGUGAAUUUUGAAAUGCCAAGCACUGAAAAUUACUUAAUGAACAAUUAUUGAUUGUAGAUGGGAGGCUCUAGUGACGGGACAGAUGUCAGUGUAUCUAAACGUAGUAGCCACGUUGGUUCACCUGCAUAAACCUACAACCUCCACAAUUGAUUUGGGGAGUCUGUUGUGUCAUACAGCAGACUAUAGAUCAGACCUGUUGGGUUUGAUUCCUCAUGGAAGCAUUACCUUUUAUAUCUUCAUAUCAAAUGUGCCCUGAACUGUGUUGUUUCAAGUUUGAGAGAGGUUUGAUUCAGGUGUUAGGGUUAAUACUGUUGAAUAUGCUCGAGCGGUGCUGAUCAGUAUCAUCGUUGGGAUUUUUUUUUUAUGAAGUAAAUGUUAAAAAUUGUUGCUUACAGUUGUUUGAACAGCCUUUCUCUAUUGACUAAUUUGCUGCACUAAGUGGGGAACUUGGAGUGAGGUGAUAUUCAUAAAGAUGUCUGCUUUGUUUGAUUUCAUUUCCAUGUCAGAAAUCCAACUGAAAAGUCAGUGUGAAUGUCUGAAAUUUCAUCCUGCAGUUGAGUGAAUUUUAAUAAACUGGUGUAUGAUAUGGUGAAUAUAGGAUUUCAGUUGAACAGUCAGCAUACUGCACUUUAACAGUUCUAUGGUUCCAAUAUCUCCGUUCUGUUAGAAGAUUAGAGGUUCCAUGCUAUCAGUAUGUAUUCGAGUACUAUAGAGUACAAUUGUAUUGUGCAAAAUGUGUUUACUCCAUUAUUAAAUUUAUUACAGUGUCUGU